AUGCCCACAGCCGCUUCAGUAUUUUGGUUUUUCGUGUCGAUAUCUUGGAUGUUCUCCUCAGGAUUGGUACACGGCAACGUCGUGGAACCUCGACUAUUGCGAGCCAAUGCCAAAGGAGAAAGUCUGACAAUUAUCGAAGGCAUAGAGAGGGAUUCUAUUUUGAAAGAAUUUCGCUUUGAAAAGAGCAGUAGCAGUCGACUGAGUACUACCCGCGAAGAUGCUUGGCAACAUGAAGAGGAGGGUGUUGCCUACUAUUCGCGACCAGUAUCCCAAGACUUUAGUUUUGAUGAUUCGGAAGACGAAACAGACUUUGAAUCAAGGCUGGUUACGCGCACAAACACACUUCUUCGUCAUCGCAACGCUGUGUCCUUGAAAGAAUCAUGA